CUUAGAAACCAAGAAAUCAAAAUGGAAAAACGCUGAAUAUAAACAACGUCAAAAUCACCGUGUUUUGUUAGCAUUUUUCGAUUAUUUCCCGCCGCUUUAAAAUAAAAUUAUGAAUUAUAAAUGAAAAAUACUGUGUUUAUCAUAAACACAUAUUAAAUAAUUAACUAUUUUUAACAAAACACCAAUAUGGGAAAAAAAUCAAAUGCAUCAACCAACAAAAGUAAGGAGAAGAGACAGGCGAGGAAAUUGGAACAACGUCGAAUAGCAGAUGGCAUGAACAGCGUGACUUCAGCAAACAAACUGACUGAUCUGGCUACUUUAUGUAGAGAACUAUUGGUGUAUCGUAAUAAGGACAUGGAAGUGGAUAUGUUCAUACAAAGGGUUACUGAACUUGACAAGAAUGUGCUGGACUGGGCUAUUAAUUUAACUGAAAAAAAUAUGAAAGAACUAUAUGAAACAUGCGCUUGGGGCUGGAAUCCCGAUCGUAAAGUUGAAGAAAUGACUGAUGACUCCGCAUGGUACCUGGUCGCUAAACAAAAAGACAAAUUGUUGGCUUUCUCACACUUCAGAUUCGAUAUGGAUUUUGGUGAACCAGUCUUAUAUUGUUACGAAGUGCAGGUUGAGGCGGACGGCCGCCGGCGUGGGCUGGGCCAGCGCGUGCUCAGCGUGCUUGAAAAAUUGGCUCACGCGACGCGCAUGCGCUGCGUGCGGCUCACUGCGCUCACACACAAUCCCUCCGCUUCCGCCUUCUUCAGGGCUUGCGGUUACAGUCUGGAUGACACGAGUCCGUCCAUAGAAGAGGCGACGCAUUACGAAAUACUCAGCAAAGCGACAAUGGAAAGUGAAGGAGGAACCGAUCCCCCGAUAGCUUCUUAGUACAUAUUAUUAGUUGUAUUAAAAUAAGAUCUAAAGAAACAUAGAAGUAAUUGCACAUUCAGAUUCUAUUUAUUUCAAUAGUGACUUUUUUAAGUUUAAGUUUUCAUUACACCGCCACCUUUGUAGUCGAUAUGAGAUUCUCGGGAAUAAAUAGCCAUAGAGUAAUUAGUUCUGUAUAAAAAAAUAGUCGAUAGAGACUGAAAUCCUCAUUUUCAAAUCAUAAUUAUUAUGGCAAAAUUUUUGAAAAUAUUAUAUUGUAGUUAAAUUUGUUUCGUCUUUAUCUUCUAAAGUUUACCCUUUCUAGUAAAACAGCAUCACAAGUACAAUUAGAUAAAUACAAUUUAACUUAAUAUUAUUCUGCAAUUUGUGACCUCAAUAAUAAAACAAAAACUUUUUAAUUCCUCAAGUAAUACUACUUUUAAAAGGACGUAAAUAAAUAAUAGAUAAAUAAAGAUUUCGAGUUAA